AGUACGUCAUAAAGCAACACGCUUCUAGAGUGGAGCUUUUACUAAGGACUUCCUCUGCUCAUCCCCUCCCUCUCAUCCAUCCAGCACGCCACUCUCUCGGCAGGUCGACUAGUCCUCGCAGUGCACAUUCACGCCGCAUUCCCGUUGCUGCUGGACAUCGCACGGCCAUGUCUCUGUGUCGGGCAGCUUUGCAGAGAUCUGGGCCUCUGGCUCGGCAUUUACUCACAAAAUCCCCCUUCUCUCACCUUAACAGAAAUGUCCCUCGAAGGACCAUGUCAUCAGUCCCUGGUGGUGGUCCCAGCGGCGAGAACAUUGUUUAUGCUUUACUCUGCGGCGGCGCGCUUGCUGCCUCCUGCGCCUACACUUACCAAACCGUGACCACGGACCACGCAAGGUUUAAUGACCGCAUCGCUGACAUUCAAGAGCGACCCAAGACCGAAUGGAAGCCUAAACCAUGGCCACCCAAGAGCAGGGAUGAGGAUGAUGAGGAGGGUGACGGUGAGGAGGAGGAGGGAGGCGAGGAAGGAGAGGAGGCGGCGGAGGAUGGCGGAGCCGAGGAUGGCGAGGCUGCGGAGGAUGGAGAGGCCGCAGAGGAGGCGGCCGGCGGGGAGGACGGGGAAGAGGCUGCCGCGGUGGAGGAUGGCGCUGAACCCGAGGCCGAGGCCGAGCCUGCUGCCGAGGAGGAGGCCGCCGCGCCCGCAGAGUCCGAGGAGGUCGUCGCCGCGGAGCCUGCUGCCGAGGAAGAGGCCGGCGCCGUAGAGACCGCAGUGGAGGCGGUUGCCGAGGCCGUUGCAGAGGUCGCGGAGGUCGUCGCCGAGGCCGCGGAGGAGGUUGCCGCUGUGGCGGAGGAGGUUGCCGCGGUGGCGGAGGAGGUGGAGAAGGUGGCGCAGGAGGUGGAGGCGGCGGCGGAGGCGGUGGCGGCGCCGGAGACAGUGGAGGCUGCGCUGGCCGAGGCCAUGGAGGAGCCAGCAGCGGAGGAGACCAACGGGGCCGUGUCGGAGGCGCUCGCCACAGUGUUUAGUGCUGUGGCCCCCGUGGAGAUGGCUGUGGCCUCCGUCCUGGAGCCAGCGGCCGUGAUCCCCGCGGAAGAGGAGCCCGUCCUUUUGGAGGCAGCGAAGGAGGAGGUGGCAGCCGCUCCUGAGGAGGCCCCGGCAGCAGUUGCUGAGGAGGAGGCACCCGCUGCUCCCGCUGUGGAGGAGACCCCAGCAGCACCCUCUGCUCCUGAGGAAGCCGCAGCUGUCGAGGAGGCUCCUGCUGCUCCUGAAGUGGUCGAGGAGGCACCAGUGGCUGAAGCAGCUCCAGCAGUGGUUGAGGAGGCCGCUCCUGCCCCAGCUGUCGAGGAGGCCCCCGCUGCUCCAGAAGUCGUUGAGGAGGCCGCUCCUGCCCCAGCAGUAGAGGAGGCCCCUGCAGUCGUUGAGGAGGCUGCUCCUGCCCCAGCAGUAGAGGAGGCCCCAGUGGCUGAAGCGGCUCCAGCAGUGGUUGAGGAGGUGGCUCCUGCCCCUGUAGUGGAGGAGGCCCCUGCUGCUCUUGCAGUGGUUGAAGAGGCUGCUCCUGCAGUUGAGGAGGUGGCAGUGACUGAAGAGGCCCCAGCUGCCCCUGCAGUAGAGGAAGCACCUGCAGCAGAGGAGGCGCCCGCUGCCCCAGUGGUUGUGGAGGAGGCUCCAGUAGCUGUGGUGGAGAACGGCGCAGUCCCUGAGCAGGUGGCAGAGUCGCCUGCAAGUCCAGAGGUGGUCGCAGAAAGUCCGGUUGUGGAAGAAGUCGUCGCAAGUGUGGUCGUGGAAGAGGUUGCAGCAAGUCCUGCUGCGGAAGAGGUUGUCGUGGCAAGCGUGGUUGAGGUCGCAGCAAGUCCCGUCGUGGAGGAAGUCGCAAGUGUUGUCGAGGUUGCCCCAGAAAGUCCAGCGGUUGUAGAAGAGGCCGCGGUUCCGGCCGAACCCGAGCCCGAGCCUGCUCCAGCCCCAGUUGAGGCUCCAGCGCCCAAAAGGGAGUACAUUGUGGUUGUCCUGGAAGGAGCCCCAACGUCCGACAAGAAGCCCAAGGUACUGGGGGUGUCCUCCAUGACCGGCAGGGUCAUCCCUGCCCCCGAUGAUGAUGAGGAGCCACUUGUCCAGGUAACAGGGAAAGAGGCGGCUGCUUAGAGUUCAAAUGCAGUAAGAUCAUCAUAUUGGUUCUGUAAGGACUUUGAAUCCCUGGAUGGCUAAAGCUCCCCCCGUCCCCCCAACUGGAAGAAGAAAAUGGAUGUGCCUUUCCCCCUCAACUCAACCUCCCAGUACCAAACCUGAUACCCUCCUCCCUCCCCUUACUGUCUGUCUGCGGGAAGUUUUGAUUUGUGGUUCCUCCUGGUUCCUUCAACUAGAACUAUUUCAUGCAAAUUACUUGUUCUGUAAACAACCCUCUCCUCCCCCAGUCAGAGAGCUGACUAUAUGGCAUUGAAGGCCACAGAAAGCAUGCACAAUCAAUCCAGAACACCACAAUUGUUGUAGUUUGAAGUCCGAAUGUCAGUCAUGACAAUAGCUGCACUGUGCACUCCUAUAUUUAAUCUCAAAUUUCAGAUCUUUUCUCGUCAGAGUAACUAACUUGUCAGUAUCGAGGAUCUGGUAAAACAAACUACAAUAUUGCUGCAACUGGUUACAUUUUGCGAAGUGAUGCACAGUGGUAGUAGUGUGGUUUGCUGCUCCAGGAGUCUGUUAACACGUGUAGUAAUUCAGGUGUCGGCCUAGAUAGUGCUAUAGAGAAAUCAUCACCUGCCUACACACUUAGUCAAUGUUUACCACAUCCACUCUGUCCUGUCCUGUCCUGAGCCAAUCCCUGCUUCUCUCCUUCACGCUGCCUUUGCUGCUGUUAAAGGGCUGUCUUGGUAAAUUAACUGUUGAACAAGCUUGAUGACCUUUUGAUGACCUUUUGACCUCAAGGACAACUGCAGGUUAGAGGGGAGCUACUGCUACGUUUCUAGUAGCGCUCUGCUCUGCCAUGUUUGUGGGUCGUUUUGGAAUUCAGCUCUGUUCGUGUCAGGUAAUCUACGUCAGCCCUAAGGCUUACCAGGCCAUGAUUCCUUACCACCAUCCUAAUGGUUUCCAUGCCGAUUGGCAGUAUAGCCCCAGCAAAAACUGCCACAAUAAGCGACAAGCGAACUCUACACAGAAAGAGUCUCAGGCACUCCUCGCUUUCAGCUGUUUUUAUUCAUAACUGACAAGAAAAAAUACAUUAUUUAUUUAACCAGAUGUUAAGGCACUACAGCUGUACACAAUGUAUUGCUGUAUUUUAAAAGAUUACUGGCAUGUUUGGGGAAUCAUGGACCUACACUGUACCUCACUACCUCACUCCUCUGUAGGCUCCUUAAGACCUUGAUCUUCCACUCCCUCUCUCCUGGAGCAAGCAGUGUUACAGCAAUAUCAGCAGUACUAUAUUUAUACAAAAAAAAUCCAAUCCUUAAAACAUAUGCUCUUCUGAUGGCUACAUGAGCCCCAUCAAAUCUCACAAUGUGAAGCACUUGGAAACAUUUGGUGCAUGUGUUGUGGUGUACCUAGACUUACCAGCAACAUCAAAAUGACCUCAGGCUUGAGUCAGCUUUUCUUCUAGCGUUCUCAGUCAUAUCAACACCCUUAUCUCUCUCUCCAUAAUUAAUGUUGCCCAGAUUGCUAAUUUCAAGUCCAUAGCUGCAAGACAAUUCAUGCCCCAUCCCCAUUGAAAUGGUUGUUGUAGUGGGUACCAUUACUGGCAACAGACUGAUUGUGCUUCAGUGGUCAAUUAUAAUGAUCGCUCAAGCAGAUGGCUUGAGUAAUUCAGUGGUGUUUAUUUUGUUUUUAAACACUUGGUUGGUAUAAGGGAAUUUUUGUGUGAAUUUAUUUUUGCAUAGUUUUUUUUUCCAGCUUGGCUUCCAAUGAUUUGCAAUAGUCCCACUCUUCAGUAUAUUUCAUGUUUCAGCUGCUUUUUGCUAGGCUACUCAAACAGUUCUGUUAUAGUGUUUAGCAUUCAGUAUCUGGGUGUAAUUCACUGUUUCAUGCUUAUAUAGUUUUUGCAAUGAAUUCAUUUUGCCAUUUGUCCUUCAUUUCUGUAUUUAUCAUGUUUGAAGAAAGGGACCCUGAAGCGAAUGUAAGAACACAAAAUGAGUAGCUUUCUCAGUGUCUGUCCUUAUGUGUUUGCUCACUGCUGUGUUCUUUUUCCUUUUCCUUUUUUUUGUAAAUGUCAGCUGGCAGGGCAUGUGAUAUAGAACGUUGUGUUGCUCUGUUAGUUGCCUAGCUGAUGGUCCACCCUGGUGGCCAAUUUACUGUGAAUGUAGACACAUUCUGCCUGUUUGAAAUAAAGAGGGAUGGAUAAUUAUA